AUGUUUGAUCGUAUUAAUAUAGAAAGUAAAAAUAAAUCUGAUUCAAUGUUUAAUUCUGAUGAAAAAAACGCAAGCCGAGACGUUAAAAAAAAUCUGAACGAUUCAACAAGCGAUAACAUUGCAUUUAAUAAAAGUAAUAAUUUUAAUGCACUGCAUAACAGUCCGGACAAAAAUGAUGGUGAAAGUGCAGUCUUGCCUGAUGAUGUUAAAAAAGAUAAAGUUAAUUCAAAUGCUUCCGAGGCACCUCAAAGCAAUUCUAAUGAGCAAAAUUUAGUUUUUUUCAUCGAUCAGUAUGAACUAGAAAAAAGCCAAAAAAAGGAUACAGUUACGGAGACUUUAACAAAUUCCAGUGAUAAAUCGAACAAAGAUCAAGUUUCUAAUAAAGCUAAAAAUUUUAUAGAUUCUGACGUUUUAACAAGCAAAGAUUGCAAUACUAAGUUGGCAGCAAACUCUGUCAACGAUAGUAAUAGUAAGGAAAAUUCUACUGCUACGUCAAAAAAAAAACUUACAGAAGAAUCAAGUGAGGUAGCAUCUACCCAAAUAAAAAAUGUUAGAUCAAAAUUAACAAAUGCGAUAAAUGAAUCUGCAACACGACAAAAACAAUCCACAUUAAAUUCUGAAAAAACUAAAAUUGACAGUGAGUCGCAAAAUAAUCAAGCUGAAAUAAUGAAUGAAGAUCUAGACCUCGAAGCUAAACAAUCUGAACCACGUAAUAAAAUAACUCAGACAAAAACUGAACAAAUUAAUUGCGAAAAUGAGACAGUUUUAAAUAAACAAGUCGAUUUAGAUGAUAAAAUAAUUAAAACGUUUGAUGAUGAACAACCUAAAACAACGAACGAAAGUUUUAAUGAUAAAAAUAACCAAACUAAGGCAGAAUGGCUAAAUACUGACUCAAUAAAUCAGCAAAUUAACUUGACUAAUGAACAACUUUUAUCUAAUACACAGCCUGUUUCAACAGAGACGAGACAAGCUGGACCCAUGGUUAAACAGCCAUCAGCCAAUAAUGCACCGCCAAUUCAAUCUGAACCUACUGUUAAACCGCCAUCAACUGAUGAUACACAAUGUGUUCAAACUGAACGCAUUUCUCAGCAGCCAUUGGCUGAUAAUACAGGGCCCGUUCAGACUGAGAUUGAUCAAACUGGAUUGAUGGUUGAACAACCAUCAAUUGAUAAUACACAUGCUGGCGUAAAUAACAGCCCAAGAAAGCUUAAAAGUGGAUGCAAUGAAUUAAAUGACAAAGUUGAUGAUUUUAUAAACAAAUCUUGUACUACAGAAGAUAGUAUUUUAAACGAUCCAAACAAUAUUGCUAAUACGUCUUCAGCGUAUAAUUCAACGGUGGAAAGCAAUUUUUCCAAAAAUACUGAGUCAAAAACUUUUAUUCACGACUCGUCAGUAAAUCAAUCUUUCAAUUUGGCAAAUCACACUAAUGAUGUAUGUAGUGAAAUAACAAAAAUAUUCAACGUGGUUGAAUUAGCAAUUCAAGAAUUAUCUAAAAAUGUUCAAACGGAAGAAAAUGUUACCAAUCCAUUACAUACAUUAUUAAGAUUGAGUCAAAUUACUUCUGAUGAACUCACUAAGUUAAAUCAAAAUUUAUUAAAUUCUGAAGAACAAAUUUUUGAUAGUCUAUUAAAUAAGAUGAACGAUCUUACCACAAACAACUCAAAUUUAUUAAUCGAUAUGCAAAUGUUAGAGCAAAACUACUCUAGCCUAUUGGAACUUAACAACAAAACCGAAAUGCAAAAUUCUAUGAAUCAAACUACAGUAACUCAGGCUUUAUCUGAACACAAUAUCUUGGAUGUGCCACAAGAUGCAAAUUAUAUAGCUAUUUCAAAUAAUUCUAUACUAGAAUUUAAUGAUGAACUGAAUAAGAAAGACAUUAAAAUCGCGUAUUUAAAAAAAAAACUAUUACAGUAUGAAAAAGAAAUAGAAUCCUUAAAAUGCAGUCAAAAUGAUACACAAUUGCAACAGAGUUCUGAAAACUUAAAUGAUAUAUUGGUGAAAAACAAUGACAAUAUCUCACAAAAAAAUAAUGUGCGCAAAAUUGAAACUAUUAAACAUAUUGAACUGUUUGAUACGUCAAUAAAUAAUUGUGAAAACGAACUAAAAUCUGAAAUCAAAAAUUUCUCUGGCAUAAACAACGAAAAUACAAAUAGUUCAUCACUUUCAAUAGCGGAAACAACAUGUGUCGUUAUUGAAAAAGAUUCAACUGAUGCUCAAAAAUUAGAAUCAAAAAUAGUUAAAAAAGAUGACGCAGAAAAUAUAAAUAUUUCUGAACAACAAAACGCACAGGUCGAAACAAUCCAAAAAUAUAAUGAAUUAGCUGAUGUAAUAGACGAAAUUCCGCAUGAAUAUCAGCCAGGUUCUGGCGAUUAUGUUUAUUCAAAAAUAGACUGUCCAAAAGGUUUUCGGCUCAAAUCUGAAAUAUUAUUACGAAAUUCAUAA